CCACGCAUUUGUCUGAAAAGAAAGUGAAUUAGACAGUUUGUAAGCCUAUAUACACACAAAAGGCUCUAACGUCACAUCAAAGUUUAAAAUAGCUUAGUUUUAAUCGAGCCACGAACUAAGCAUUAUCAAAGUAUAGAGUAUUUUUCAAUAAUCUCAGCUUCAUAAACGAGGAAAUUCGUUUCUGUCAUUGCAAUACAGUUGAGAUCAAAACAUCGACGAUACAGUAAAUAUAGAUAUCCGAAAUGGCUUUCAAACAAGUGGACAAGUGUAAAAUUGCUUUUCUGAAAUGUUAGUGACUGUAUUAUUGGUGAUUUUAGGUGUACACAGUGCAAGUGAACAUUAAAUCAACAAAAAUGAUUGAUAAAGUUUCACAACUUCGCAGUGUACUUCGUGACUUCCCCAGGAGUAUGAAGUUCUGUUUUGCUUAUGGAUCUGGUGUGCUUAAACAAAAAAGUGAUCCGUCAAAUAAUAUGUUGGAUUUAAUCUUUGUUGUUUCUAACCCCUACAAUUGGCACGCUGAAAACAUGAUUAAAAACCGGCAUCAUUAUGCUCAACCUCUCAAGUUAUUUGGUCAUAAGGCUGUAGCUAGAGUUCAAGAAUCUUGGGGAGCUGGAAUAUAUUAUAAUACCCUUGUCACAACAGCUGAAGGUCGUAACAUAAAGUACGGUGUAGUGUCUGAAGUAUCUCUAGUCGAAGAUCUUUUGGAUUGGAACAAGUUGUAUUUGGCCGGUAGAUUACAUAAGCCAGUUGAAGUUAUACAAGAGCCUGAAAAAAUUUCUCCAAUCAGAACGGCUCUUAUUCAAAAUUUACAUUCUGCUGUUCAUGUUGCACUGUUGUUAUUGCCAGAGCAUUUUACAGAAGAACAAUUUUUUAUGACCAUAGCUGGAUUGUCUUAUCAUGGGGACUUUCGUAUGAUUAUUGGUGAAGAUAAAGAUAAAAUAAGUAAUAUUGUCAAACCACAGAUGAAAAAUUUUAGGGAACUUUAUGCUCCAAUAUUAAAAAACUUUGAUCCUUUUAUUGAUUUUCCACUUGGAAGUAAUGGUGAAAUUACUUGUAGACAAGACGUUAGUCCUGUAACAAAAGUACAUCAUUUUAAUCAACUUCCUAAAAUUCCUCAAAUGAUGCUUGUAAAAAAUUGGUCUACAGGACCGAGAUCACAAGAUACAGAGGACUGCUUGCGAGCAAUUGCUAAUGAUCCUGACUCAGACGAACUUUUAAGCCUGUGUCUGAGAAAAAUUGUAAUGCAUUCUAGUUUAACGCAAAGUUUGAAAGGUAUAGUUACAGCUGGUUUAGGAAAGUCUAUUAGAUACAGUGGAAAAAAAUUAUCCAAAAUGAUGAGCUCGCUGAAGAAUAAAAAAUUGUUACCUCCAUCAGAUUUCAGACUCAAGACGUCAAAUGUACAAAAAAUUGCUCAAGAGAAAGCACCAUUAAAAUUAUCAAAUAGUGACAAGACUUCAGAAAAAAUUCACUGAAAAAUGGAUUCAGAUUCAGGAUCAGACUCUGAAUGCUAUGGUCCAGCAUUACCACCCUCGAUGCAGAAACUGCCUAUCCUGGGU